GAUUACAUUUGCAAUAAAGUAACUAAGCUGAAGGAAUAGUUGUAUGCAGACAACAUUCGCUGUGACUCUGUGCAUGCGAAUAAAGAGAAUACAAAUCAAUCGGUUUAUACACUUUCAGACUUAACAGUGCACGCUGAUUGGAAUCUUCAUUAUUUGCUUCUGGUUAAUUGGUAAUAUUACUGGGUCAGCACCCACAAUGGAACAUUGCUGCUAUUGUGUCCUUUCAUCAGUGGUCCUCAUUCAGUUUGUGUUCGUCGCAUCAGCGCCACCAGCCGCUAGCCUAGCAACAGCGCCGUCUGCCGUGUUUACAGCCGACCAAAUCAGAACUGUUCUAGAUGCCCACAAUGAAGCUAGGCGGAUGGAGAAUGCCAGGAACAUGCCGAAUCUGAAAUGGAAUAAUGAUCUUGCAACGAAAGCCCAGAACUGGACAGACAAAUGCAAGUUUGCACACCAGCCACCAAGGGUCAGAAGAUGGGGUGAGAAUAUAGCAGCGGUGGGGAACACAAGGCCCAUAAGCAAUCAGCUGACAGCGAUGAUCGCGGAAUGGGUUGAGGAGAAAAAGUUCAACGUGAACGGAACGUUUGAGGAAUGUUGCAGCUUUAGAGCCAGUGACUGCUGUCACUAUACACAGGUUGUAUGGGACAGAACGACAGAUGUAGGAUGUGGUUAUACAGUUUGUGCUAAUCUUGAGUACGGCACUAACCAACUGACGGACAUCGCAUUCUUAGCGUGCUAUUACACACCAUCUGGCAAUAGCCCUAUUGUGACCUACGACUGGAGACCCUACGUGGGUGCCAAUGUUACUCAACCGUAACAUCGCAAGCAUUGUAACAAGAAUCUCGACAGUAACAACAGUGUGAGCAAGUCAAACUCUAAAGAGCUCUAUGGAGAAGUUAAUAGUUUCAAACAAACACACACACACACUAACAAGUUAUUUCCUGUACAUUGUAUGUCACGAAAAGCAGAAAGAUCAGCUUAGGAAAAUAUUUUAACUCUUUCUCUCCGUAAUUAUUUUCCUCGUUCCAAUAGAUUGAUUCAUUUUGCUCAUUUGUAUUUCACUCUCCUGUUAUGAUUAAACUUCAAUAACUUUUUUGUUUGAUAUCUGAAAAUGUUAUAUUUGGUAUCGACUUAUAGGGAAAUGCAUGCUCGUUUUACACAACACAAAUUAAAAAGAUUAUAAAUACAAAAAUAAUUUAGUUUGAUCGGGUCAAAUCAACAUUGGCAUCGUCAAUUAAAAGAGAAAGAGUUAAUAUAAUAAUGUGUGUCAUGGGUAUUUAUAUGUUCGGCAUUGGUUUGUUAACACCACGCACUUAGUACGAUAUACUGCAGGUACUUUAUACGCGUACUGAGUACACAAAUUUUGAGUAGGCCACUUGUACAUGUUCCAAUGAACUCAUUUAUUUUAGUUUUAGACUUUUAAAGCUGUUUCCUUAUUUCUUACCAUUUUUUUUUGGUCAUUGAAAUGUUUGGUAAAGAAAAAAAAAUAAACUAAAAGUGAUUCUA